CCGCCUGCCUCAGUCUCUCUCCAUCACUGUGAACGGACUGGUCGCGUCCUCGCUGCUCCUUCUGUGCACUCCUCGUCCACUCAGUCGUACAGCUCCGCGGUCGUGGAAUCUAAUGUGGAUACAAACACCGAGGAAUUCCAACCAAUGGCGAUUCUUUAACUGGAGCCUUCGGCCGAUUGCAUCCGAACAGAUUAAGCGCAGCACUGCUCUUGAGUCUGUAAUACAGAAUCAAUAAACAGCUGGGAGUGCACCAUUUGAUUAAUGCAGAGAAUCAUCAUCCUCACAGCCUGGAGAUGCUUCAUGAAUCUUGCAAAUGCCCCACCAGCCUGCAGCAAGUGCACUCAAACAAAAGUGGAAAGAAGUAGGACACAACUGAAGAAUUGUGCAUCACUUAGUCUGGCGCUAGCAGCACCGAAGGACCUCGGAGAGCCAGCGAACCAACGCCGGCCUUGGUUUGAGUGCGUGACCAGCGGAUGAGCCUUGUUCAUGCGUCUCCCUGCGUGCCACUCCCACAUCACUAUGAACUGUGAGCAGGACUUUGGAGACGGGGGCUUGGGAGUGACCCUCACAUUACGACUGCUCAUGCAUGGAAAGGAGGUUGGCAGCAUCAUAGGAAAGAAAGGAGAGACUGUGAAACGAAUACGUGAGGAGAGCAGCGCUCGAGUUAACAUCUCAGAAGGUUCCUGUCCAGAGAGGAUCAUCACCAUUACUGGAUCCACAGAAAGCGUCUUCAGAGCCUUCACCAUGAUCACAUACAAACUAGAAGAGGACCUGACAGCGCUGGUGGCCAACGGCACCAUCAGCUCCAAGCCACCAGUCACCCUGCGUCUGGUCAUCCCUGCCAGCCAGUGUGGCUCUCUUAUCGGGAAAGGAGGGGCAAAGAUAAAGGAGAUCAGAGAGACCACCGGAGCGCAGAUACAAGUGGCGGGGGAUUUGCUGCCCAACUCCACUGAGCGAGGAGUGACGAUAUCUGGUAAUCAGGACUCUGUAAUCCAGUGCGUCAAACUCAUCUGUGCGGUGAUCCUGGAGUCCCCCCCGAAGGGCGCCACCAUCCCCUAUCGGCCGAGCCCGUCGCCGGCCGCCCUGCUCAUCGCAGGCAACCAGGUGUUUGAAGCAUCCGAUUUCACACCCCACCCUCUGUACUCAGUCACCCAGGGUGGGCUUGACCUGCAGCAGGCCUACACUUUGCAAAACCAAUACGGCAUUCCACACUCGGAGUUGGCCAAACUCCAUCAACUCUCCAUGCAGCAAAGUCUCAAUCAGGUGGCCCAGCCCGCUUCGACUAUCAUCCCUGGGAUGGAAGCAAACGCUCAGACAUCUCAGGAGCUGCUUAUUCCCAAUGAUCUGAUCGGCUCCAUCAUCGGCCGUCAGGGCACUAAGAUCAACGAGAUCAGGCAGGUGUCGGGGGCCCAGAUCAAGAUCGGCAGCCAACUGGACGGGACAAGUGACCGCCAUGUCACCAUCACAGGAACCCCAGUCAGCAUCAACUUGGCCCAGUACCUCAUAACGUCCUGUUUAGAAACGGCCAAAUCCACAGCCCAGGCUUCCACCAUGUCGUCUCCCGUCGACCUCAACAUGGCCUUCACUCAGCCGGCGUCCCCGGCCGCCUCGCCCGCUCCCACCCUGGCCACCGUGGGCGCCUUGACCCCGGCUCACAUGAUGGGCGCCCCUUACGGCGCCGUGCCCCUCUCGGGCCUGCUGGGGAUGAAGUCCAUCCCCUUUCUGACUCUGUCCGGCCCCGCCCCGGCCGUGGCGGUUACGGCGGCGCCGUCCCACACCACUCUGGCGGCCUACACGGCCAAAAUCUCCUCAGCCAACUGCAUCAAAAAGCCAGAGAGACAGAAGUUUGCGCCCUACUGAUGACGCCUCUGCGCCUCCGCAACCGCGGGGCCGACGGAAGGACGGAAGUUGAGUGUUCUUCCCGCAAACGCCUGAUGUAGCCAUAUCCUGGGGCAGACACGCCCUUGACUUUGAUUCUGCGAUGCACCAACAGAGAAGAGACCAACAGAGUAAAGCUUUUCAAAAUCAUUUACAGAUAUACAAGUCAAAUGUGAGUUUCACGUCAAUUGGUGGGCCGCCGUCAUCGUCACUUCACUGUUAUCGAUCUUUUCAAACGUGUACAAGGGCUUGAAGCUCAUCUGAGAGACACAUGUGGAAACACCUUUUCACAUGUGCGUCUCAUGUUGGAGGUCAGCCAUAAGUAUUUAUCCUUCAAUAAUUUGUAAAGUACUAUAAUCAAAUGACAAAAUGCUCUACUGUAAGAUGCUUUUAUACAAUGUCUAUGUUUGCCUCUGGAAGUUUUUAAGAAAAUUUGUAAAUGUCUGGGGGGAUUUUCUUUUUGGAGGUACCGUACUUGACCGUUCAGUAUUUUGUUCAUUUGGUUGGAUUUUAUUUUGAUUGUGCACUCGUUUAAUCUUUAUUUAUUAGCAUUGUUACAUGUAUUAAAAGUCUCUUUUUCCUGA